AAUGAUGGAUAUGAUUAUUAUUUAUGAAGAAUGUGGUUUCAAUGAAAGGGCGGCCCUAGCUCUCUAUCGGCAGCGGUUCGGUGAACGCCCCAACCAGCCCUAUCGUCAACAGUUUCCGAAAUUGCACGCGAGGCUCCUUGACCGGGGAACUUUCGACGCUAGGCCAGGUCCUGUUCAGGGAGCCCCUUUCCCGCGUCGUGUCCGCACUCCAGAGGCUGUCGCCCUGGUGCGGCAGACGUUUGAGGGCCGUCCCAACACCAGUGUGCGGGCCACGGGCAUGGCGUUGGGCAUGUCCAAGACCACCGUGCACGAGAUGGUUCGGUCAGAUCUGCACCUGAAGCCCUGGAAGAGGGCUCAGGUUCAGAAGCUGAAACCUGGGGACCCGCCAAUCAGGGCGCGUGUGUGCAAGGAGUUCAUGGACUUGGUGGAUGAGGCACAGGCCAACCCCCUCUUCCCCGGGGACCGGUUCGUUAACCGCGUCAUCUGGAGCGACGAGUGCUUGGUGAGCAACGAAGGUUAUUUUAACGCCCACAACUCCCACCACUGGGCUCCCGAGGACGACAACCCGCAUUGCACCAUUCAAACCCAUGUGCAAGGCCGAUUCAAGGUCAUGGUGUGGGCGGGCAUCCUCCGUAAUAAGGUCGUGGGGCCUUAUUUCUUUGAGGGGGCGGUGACCGCGGUGACCUACACUGCCCUGCUUCAACACCACUUGCCUGGGUUCCUGGAGGACUUCUCCCUCCAGGUUCACCGUUCCUGCUGGUUCAUGCAGGACGGCGCCUCCCCCCACACCUCGAUCCUCCUAGUGGCCGCGGUACGCAUAACAAUCGCGAAUUUUGUGAAAGAAGCACCAAAAUUUGCACAGACGUCCUUAAAGUGUUUUGAUUACUGGCGGCAGAAACGCCGAGAAUAUGUCCUCGCAUCAUUAGUGUUUUCAUCUAGUACACUUCUGACACCUUAUAGGGCCUUACAUGAACAAUUGCGUAGCGUGUACAACCCUAUUCCGAACACUGGUUGGAACACAAAGUUGAACAAAAUGAAGUGUUUUCGAAGAUACGUGUCAGACACAUGUAUUCUAUGUGAAAUGAACCUGCUGAUGACGAAUCUGGACUCAGUGCUGUUUAGUGCUGUUGUCGGUGUUAAAAAUUUGCAAUUUUUAAAGCUAGCACCGAUUUGA